CCCCGGCAACCGCUGCAGGGCGGGAGGGGCGGUGCGGGGGCGGUUGCCGGCAGAGGCCCCGCGGUCACAAAGAGCCCCGGGUAACGCUUGAGACUCGCGGAUCCUCAGCCUCGGGUAACACCUGGAACCCGCGGAUCUUCAGCCUCGGCCCCGCGCAGCCCUUCUCUGCCAUGGAGUUGGACGAUGACUUCGAUGCUUUGGACCCAGAAAGAUUAAUACAGUGCCCAUAUAACAAGCAUCACCAGAUCCGAGCCUGUCGGUUCCCCUACCAUGUGGUAAAGUGUAAGAAGAGCUACCCUGAAGUUGCAAAGGAGUUGGCCACAUGUCCCUUCAAUGCUCGCCACCUGGUUCCUCGAGCUGACCUCUGUGAUCACUUAACCAAGUGCAAUGACAGAGGGUUCAUUGAGCAAGAUAUAGUGAAUCAGUCCAGUGACUUCCAGAGAAAGCAGAUGAAUGCAGUGAGCACCUGGCAGGCACCUCCAUGUGAUGAAGACUGGGAAAAAGAUUCAUUGGAGCAUUCAGAGCCUCCUUUUAUUUGGGGUGUGACCAGUUCUGACAGCAAAAGUUCCAGUGCCACCUCUGAAGAAAAGAACUGUUUGCCUGCAAGGGUUCGUGCCCCCGAGUUCUUACCCUUUGCUGUAUCAUGGAAGGGCUGAUCCUGGAGCUCCUGUGGAUGGCACAUAUUUCCUGGACCUGAUGGGAGGACUCUGUAAACUCAAGAGUUGUUUCUGCAACACUUGGAGUUUUAAAACAAUCCUUGGUUGUAAAAUUUUUCUCCCCAAGUGUUUGUCUCAUUAAAUAACCUUCAUUUGGUGAUCUUUGUUACUACUACUGAGUAAAUGGGCUGAUAAAUUUACACGACAGCAGCUUAGAAAUCUCUCCUUCAGCAGCAGUGGGAAGGUAACAGGAAAAACAGAGGGACUGUCAAAGGUUGGGUCACUUGUCCAAUGGUUUGAAGUUACAUUUGCUCAAGUGAUUUGGAAACAGCUGCAGAACUCUUGUGAAUUAGUGAUCGGUUUUGAGUGGCAGGGUGGGAAGGGGGUGGACAUAAGUAGAGGAGGUAGGGUCUGAGUUGGUUACUACUCACAGAAGUGAUGCUGGGAAACAGAACAGCUUGGGGAGUGCUGCACAUACCACUAAAAUCUUGUCACUAAGCUUGAUGCUUUACAGCAAGUGUGUGCAUUUGGAAAAGAGCCUCCUUCAGAGUUGUCCAGAUAUGAUGGUUUUGUGCUGGCUGCAAACAAAGGAUGCAAUUAUGUUUAGGGUGGAGGGGAGGAAAUGCCCUGCAAAAAUGGCAGAUUUGUGGGAACUCAGGCCUUGGUGGAGCAGGAGCUGUUCUGGUCCCAUUUCAGCAGAAGUCAGAAACAGAGAACAGUCAUUUUCAGGAAUUUCUCCCUUGCAGCAUGAGCGUGUCCCUUGCCUCUGCAAAGCCACACCACAUGUUUUACUGUUUUCAGGAUUAUAUGGUGUCCAGAGUGCUUUCUGUGGAACUUUUUCUGGACAUCUGUGAGAACAUCUGGUUGGUUGCUGGGAAGGUGCAGAAAAGUUACGACCACAGCUCUCUCUGUAAUAAAAUCUGUCACUUGUGAGGUCGUAUUUGAGGGCCUCUUACAGCCCAGAGAGCAGAGUCAGUUCUGAGAUUUUCUUCAGCCUGUAAAGAGGCAGAGGCUUCCUACUGCAUAGUGUGUCAUUAAUAUCACCUGGACCAGCCCAGUGUUUUUAUGUGCAUGAAUUUUUUGCUUUUAAACUUUUCAGGAUCUUUGAGUUUGCUCACACUGUGCAUGUAAAGUGGACAGUAUGGGUUUGAAAGUAUGUUUUAAUUUACAGACAUACAUCUUUCAAAGCAUCUUGAUUCCACCUUUCUGGCUUCAAGCCUUAAGCCUUAACUUUCCCUCCUGAGUGAUGCUUCAAGCCAUACAAUAAUGGGGAAUCCUUUCUGAAUUCCUUACAAAGUACAUAAUACCAAACAGGUGAAGUUUAACAAGUACUCUUAAGUAUUUGUCUCAUUUCCAUUAGAGUUUUGUAGGUUUCUAACACUUCAACUGUUGUUUGUUGAGGAGCUGAGGGGGGUGGGAGGAUAACAGGAAUGGUUUAAAUCACCAAAAAUAUAUAUUUGGGACUGUGUUUAAUGUUUGGAUCAAGCAGUAUACUAAAAAUUAAUGCAAAGUACAAAAUAAGAUCUUAAUACACAAAGAAUUAAGAAACCAGGCAUGAUGUUUGUCUAGAAAGAAGUUUGACUUUUACAUUUUGCAAAAAACGUUCUUCAAAGUACUGAAUUUUCACUGUUUAUUCCUGCCAAUGUUCCCUGGUGUACGUUGGCUGACGUGGGCAGAGCGAGCAUGAUUUCAAUUUUGGUUCUAUCAACGUUCUUGUUGGCAAUUGAGAAUAAAAAGGUUAUGAA